UCGCGCCUCUCCCAGUCGCUUCGCCUGCAACGUCCACGGAUCUUAGCUGUGGUGGCGGCCGUCGCUCUCCCGCGCUCUCCGUGGAGCCCUGCGUCCUGACCAGUCGAUGGUGUUUCCUGGAGCUCCCGGCCCCAUCAUGUCGCGCUCGGAAGAGGUGCACAGGGUCACCGAGAAUGUCUACAAGACAAUCAUGGAACAAUUUAAUCCCAGCCUCCGGAACUUCAUAUCCAUGGGAAAGAACUAUGAAAAGGCCUUGGCAGGUGUGACAUAUGCUGCAAAAGGAUAUUUUGAUGCCCUGGUUAAAAUGGGAGAAUUGGCCAGUGAAAGUCAAGGAUCUAAAGAAUUAGGGGAUGUUCUGUUCCAGAUGGCUGAAGUCCAUAGACAGAUUCAAAAUCAGUUAGAAGAGAUGCUGAAGUCCUUCCACAAUGAACUACUAACACAGCUUGAACAGAAAGUAGAGCUAGAUUCACGGUAUCUAAGCGCUGCACUAAAGAAGUACCAGACCGAGCAAAGGAAUAAAGGGGACGGAGUAGAGAAAUGCCAGGGUGAAUUAAAGAAGCUUCGGAAGAAGAGCCAAGGAAGCAAAAAUCCUCAGAAGUAUUCAGAGAAGGAGCUGCAGUUUAUUGAAGCAAUGACCAAUAAACAAACUGAGCUGGAGAACUAUGUAUCUGAUGGUUACAAGAUGGCACUCACAGAAGAGAGGCGGCGAUUUUGUUUCCUGGUGGAGAAGCAGUGUGCAGUGGCCAAAAAUGCUCUUACGUACCACUCCAAGGGAAAAGAUAUCUUGACACAGAAGCUCCCAUUAUGGCAACAAUCUUGUUCGGAUCCCAACAAGAUCCCAGACCGUGCUCUCCAGGUUAUGCAGCAGAUGGCCCUCAGCAGCAAUGGCUCAAUUAUGACUACACCUCUGUCAACAUCCAAGUCAAAUCUCAUCAUCUCGGACCCUAUACCUGGUGCCAAACCUCUUCCAGUCCCUCCAGAGCUGGCACCCUUUGUAGGACGAAUGUCUGCACAAGAGACCAUACCAGUAAUGAAUGGAGUCUCAGGCUCGGAAGGUGAAGAUUACAGCCAUUGGUCUGACCGAAAGCCUCCUCAGCCUAAGUCCUUAUCCCCACCACAAACUCAGAAGCAAUUGAGUGACUCUUACUCCAAUACUCUCCCUGUGCGCAAAAGUGUAAUGCCGAAAAACAGCUAUGCAUCCACUGAAAACAAGACUCUUCCCCGUUCCAGCUCCAUGGCAGCAGGACUAGAAAAAAAUGGCCGAACAAGGGUGCGAGCCAUCUUCUCUCACGCUGCUGGGGACAAUAGCACCCUUCUGAGCUUCAAGGAGGGAGACCUUAUUAUGUUGCUAGUGCCUGAGGCCCGAGAUGGCUGGCAUUAUGGAGAGAGUGAAAAGACCAAAUUGAGAGGCUGGUUUCCUUUUUCCUACACACGUGUGUUGGACAGUGAUGGGAGCGAUAGAUUACAUAUGAGCCAGGGGAAAAGCAGUAGUACAGGUAACCUGUUGGACAAAGAUGAUAUCCCACCUCCCGACUACAGCAUGUCCUCCCGAACUUUCCAGGCACCGAAUGUCAGCACUUUCAAACAGAGGCCGUACAGCGUGGCGGUGCCAGCAUUCCCCCAGGGACUGGAUGACUAUGGGGCAAGACCCUCAAGCAGGAAUCCUUUUGCCAAUGUCCAGCUCAAACCAACGGUGACAAAUGAUCGUUCAGCUCCUCUCAUCAGCUGAUCCAGAAAUGUUGGGUUACGGCGGGUACCUUGCACCUUUUGAUUUCCCUUUCACCUGUGUUGUAUUUCUGUGAGGUCCUUGUACAGUUUACAUGUCUUUCCCUCCAACUCUGUUUUGGUAGUUAAAAUAAGCAUUUAAGUGGCAAUGCUGGUGUGCUUUUCCUUUUGCUCAUUAGAAAUAGAAGAGAAACUUGACCCUUAAAGAGCGAUGGGUUUUGAAAGGGAUGCUACGCUGCUAUAUUGAGGGGAGACCUAGAUAGACCAGGAAGCAGGCCCUGCCUUCUUUGCCUUUUGCAGCUAUAUAUGCCACGUUCAUAAACGUUUUAAGAAUAGCCAUGGAGAUAGAAGGACCUGGCAGUUUUGCAGUGGUCCUGUGUUUGCCAGAUAACAUUUCUCCUGGAAAUCUUUUUUCGCCUUUUAUCAAAACCUAUGGAUUUGAACAGGACUUCAGAGCUGUCGAGAGAAGCUUUGGGGCUGCCUAAGAUGAAACGCACGACCUGGGUCCUGCUCACUCAACCCUUGGAACUGACACGGACUUGAAUCUUCCAAAGCUCUUCUUGGUGGCUCCCUCCUUACCUUGCGUUGGACUUUUGCUGGAUGAAAGUAAAAGUUUUACUGAAUCGAUGUUCAGAAGAGCUGGGCUCCUCAAAGCAAUUGUCUCGAUUUGACCCUUCGUUAUUAAUGGUCCUUUCUCUCCUAAGGGCCCUACAUCUAUUCAGCUUGUCUGUGACGAUCCUUUAGCGGUAAGGCCCACUGAUGGCCAAAUUAUUGUGGGUACCUUUUCCAGCAUUUUAAGGUGGUUGGGGAAUGUUACGCAGGAAAGAAAUAUUUUCAACUAGCACCAUCUGUUGCUCGAGCAUUUGUUUCAUUUCUCUGUAGCUUUAAAUAGACCAAGGAGGGACCGUUAAAAAUCUGGUUUAGUCCUACAGUGCCCAAACUCCCCUUGCUCUGUCUUCUUACUGACACAUCUUGACUGGUGCAGGUGUGUCUUCCGCUGCCAAAGCAAGUUAGUUUAAGACAGCUUGACCUCUGCCUUGGUAUUGGGUCAAUGCUGUUUGAAAGGUCCUUUGUUCUGUUACUAAGCUUUUUUUUUUUAAUUUUUAAUUUUUCUUUUUAAGUUGCACUUGCCUUCUCAAGUAGAUAUUCAGUCACAAAUAAGCUUUUUUCUUAUGUUCUGUCCUAUUGGCUCUCAAAGUCUGGUAAGAUGUAACAAAGACCAUUCAGCUUGCUCCUUGUAUUUAUGUAACCCAAGAUUAGUGAGUAGUUCUAGGAAACAGUAGUUAUCAAAAUGGAACUGGACUUACCCACUAUUUGGAGUGCUCUUACUGUUUGAAUUCCAGUUAUAGCGCCAGAGUCUGGUGAUAAUGGAAACCCAAUUCCUAAAAUACAUUUUACUUCAAAUAUGGAGUGAUAGAGGCAAAUUAGCAGUCAAUUUUUAAGAGCUGUGUGUCUGUUUCUAUGCCAUUUAACCAUUCUUUCUUAUUGAAAUCCUAAUGAAUUAUGAUAGAUCCAAACUUCUACCUUAUUCUACAUAAUAGUAGCCCCCAGCUGACUGUACAAAAUCUAUAUCGAGCUGCUGCUUUUUCUUCCCAGAAAGGAAUGAUGAUGAUAAUGAUAUUUUUUCCUCUAAAAGUGGCAAAGCUUUUGGUGUGAACUUUGGCCAAAUAUUAAAUAGCCUCCCUCAUUUGAUCCUUUGUGCAACCUGAAGUCAUUUGCAGCUGCUUUGCUUUUUCCAGUGACUCUUAAAAAGCAGUCACAGCUGCCUUAAAUAUAAAUUUACCAAUUUUAUCAUUUAAAUCAUUCAGGUUCAAAUGUGAUCAUAGUUUCUGUGGUCUCUGUUCUCAGUUUCUGAAAAACAUCAAGAUUGAUUUCUGUGAUACACUUAGCCCAGAAUUGUAUUGUCUGGCUUAAUGUGUUGAUUGAACUUAAUCAUUGUGGUUUAUUCAAUAAAUCAAAGUUAAACUGUGGCUUAGCAUGCCAUGUAGAUCCUGUUUAGGUCUCCCAUGCAAACGUGGAGACUGUUAGUGAGCAUUUCCAUCAUGACUUGUACAUUUCCCUGUGGCUUAUGAUGCACAAAUAUAAAUAUCUUAAAAUCUAUAUUUUUAUAUAAAGCAAUUUAGCUAAAAACCAGUUACAGAAAAUCUCUUAACUCUGAUAAGGCCACAGUAAGUUCAGAUAAGGCUACAAUCCUAAGGAAAAUUAUGUAAAAGAUGAAACUCACUGGCCUUGUUUUUUAUCACAUGUGCUACAAUUGCUUUUUUAUUAUUGCAUCUUUCUUCUAUUACAGUGCUUUCUUGAAAAUCAUUUUUCCAGUUGUUGAAUCAUUUAUUUUAUGGUCUUUGUCCACAUAAGUAUAAUGAAGAUUCCCAGCCACACUGUACUGUUUUGAAAAAUUGCUGUGUUUGUGUGUGUGUUGUGUAUGCAUUUUUUAAAAAGUCAAACUUUGCCAAAUUAUUCUUUUUAAAGAGGAAGGUUGAUUUUUAGUUCCUUUCUUUGCUCCUCUCUCAGACCAGUUCUUUUCUUACAUAUUUUCAGCAGUGCACCCUCUGCUGUGGAAUUAUUUAGUUCUCGCCAUCUCAAGGAUGGCAAGUUGAGAUCCACACAUCUUAAAAGUUAUUAAGGCUGAGAAACUUUGAUUUAGAUGAUUCAAGGCAAAUAGGAACUGUAGCUUGCCCAAUGGAGCUGAGGGGUGGCAGGGCUGUCAGCUCCUAGACUGAAUGAGAGACAAAAGAUACAAAGAUUCCCAACCAAACAUUGGCUCUUGCAAGAUGGGCUACCCAGUAGAAUCAGAAAGUAGAACGCGCUAGCUGAGGCUCAGAUUACCUCAGGGGUUUUUUUUUAGGUGCCCAGUGCCAUACGAAAAUGGGAAGGUUUGUGGGAACAUCUUAUGUAGGAGAUGCCAGAAAAUGGAACCUAAUAUUGCUUUUCUUCUUUCAUUCAAAGGUAGGAUAAAACUUGCAAUAGCAAAUGAGGGAGAGGGUUUUUCAAGGGAAGAUCGACCAUAGUCACUUUUAAAAUUCAUUGGUUUUUGAUAUCCUUUCCCCACCCUAAUUGAACUGUUUAAAUAAUUUCUCCCAAACAGGCCCAGGAACGUGAAAUAAAUGACUGAUUGACUAAAUGGGAAAUUGUUACUGUACUAUAUGUUGGCACAGCAAUUACAUAGCUGAGGAUGAAUCUGAGCAAUUCAACUGAAUUGUGGCUGAGAGUUUUGGAAAUUGUAAUCCCAGUCCAUGAGGGGAGCAGUAGAUUGGGAAAGCUGGUUUAGGUAGUGUUACUUGAUCAGCUUAUGCUCUUCAAGGGUGUCUUUUGUUAGGAUGUGAAGAUUAAGAGGUUUCUCCUAGGCAGUGAUGGUUUUAUGGUGUUUGUGCUGCCGAUACUUCAUUUCUCGGUUAACUAACUUUCUCCCAGAUGAACAAUGUUAUAUGACCCUCUUGCCUUCAUGUUGAUUGUGUGAAAUUAAGGUUAGAAACAAUCCACGCCUAACUCUUAAUUUCUAAUGCAAUGUGAUAAGGAUAUGGUGUACACCUUCCAGUUAAAAUCGGAAUUGGAGCUGGGUGGCUUAUCAAAUAAAGAAAUAAAAAAAAUCAAGUGGAGCAAGUUGGUAUAUGUGAUGGAUCUCGGGAAUAAGCAACAUAAUUAUAGACACACGAUGUUCCAUGAUGUGGGAAUUUAUCCUGUGACUUUCCAGUAUUUUUGCUACAAGAAAAGCAGCAGCAGACUAGCCAAAGUCUUGUGGUAUCAGAGUACCCAGUCUGAGCCUGAUUGGAAACCACGGUGACUAGCCAUUGGGAGGCUGGCUCUUAGUAACAAUGAAAGAAUUACACACAAUUAGGAAUAUUACCUUCUGAAUGUUACCUUCUCCCUUUGUUGCCCUGCUAAAUGUUUAGCAUGCAUGCUAAGGAUAACCACAAUAGUGGUGGGAUAUUCUAAGAACUGAUGCUGAGGACCCUAGUAUUAAAAGUGCAAGGGCUCUUGGAACAGCUGCCAAGGGGGGCAACACACUGGCCCAGGAAUAGUUGUGAUCACCUUUUCAAAGCCAAAUCGCCACAUAGCUCUAAUAGCUUAUUCCUUUUGUGGAUAGGGGUGCUUACUGUGCUGUGGCUUCCUGCGGUGAAAUUGGCCUUCCAAAAUACGAAACACUGAACCUCUGAUCAGUUAGUUACCUAUACACUGGUAUUGAAAUCAGAAAAUGAUUGAACAUUUUAAUAAGAGUUGGCUCUCAACAUCAAAAGAAAUUAUGGUAAGAAACUAGAUAAAUGAAGGUGGUUUUUUCCUAGUCUGACGCAUCAAGGGGAGUAUUAAAAGAGCUUCCAUAACAAGCUUCAAAUAAUACUAGAGCCCAAGUCUCAGUGCCCGAUUUACAUAGUUGUAGGAAGGAAUAAUAAUUUAUUAUUUCUUAGUUGGAAGUGAUAAAAGUUUCAAAUAAUAAAUGCUGCCCCCAUCUUUUAAAAAAUCCCUGUAUAAUUCCCAUCCAGUGGCUGUAAUCCAUGCUUUAUUCCUACCCAGUUAAGAAAUAGAGCUAGCCUUGGAUUACCAAGUUCAACCAGUUUUGGUCCUAGCUUUUAAACCUACUAAAUAUUUCUUGAGGACAUGCCUCUGUGAAUUCUUGAAAAUAGCUAGUUUUUCCCCACUCGACAUUCUCACCUCUUAGGACAUUGGCAUCAACUGGAGAAGGAAAGUAACUUGUUUCUAAUCCCGUCACUCUUGGGCACAAAGGGAAUAAGCUAUUAGAGCUAUGUGGCAAUUUGGCUUUGAAAAAGUGAUCACAACUAUUCCUGGGCCAGUGUGUUGCCCCCCUUGGCAGCUGUUUCAAGAAGUUUUCACAGCGGUAAAUUGACCCCUGCUUUGCAAUACAAGCAUAGCAAUGCAAGUGCCAAUUUUCCUGUAUUUUUCUAUUUUUUUCCCACCUGGCAGCUACCUGACGCCUUAGUCAAGAAAGGGUCAGUCAUUUUAUCUGCAAACCAUUACUGCACUGCAUGGUUUGAUGUAUUCAUGGUUUGUCUCUCAAGACUUCUGGCUGAAUCUGUACCAUCCAUAAUUUUCAUUAUUUCCUGCUGUCUUCAAAACACACAGAUGGAGGAGAACAAGCAAAAGUUAGGUUAUUUUAAAAAUGUUUUAUUUUUAAUAGUUAUUGGACCAAUGAUAUUUGACACACAUGCUGGGAGCUGUAUGGAACUCAGCACUGAUAAAAAAUACAGCAAUUAUGACCCGUAUCAAUAAAAUACACUGUAAAUAGCCCACCCCUCUCUAUCUCUCUCUCUUUCAAAGAAGAUCAUUAACCCAAAACAUAACUCUAGUUCUGAUCUCAUGCAGUCUCUCAGGGGCUGACAGCUGUCUGUUACUAUAGACCAUAUACCUAUAGGGGCAGCGUUGUCAAAGGUAACUAGAUAAGGAAAUGAAGGAAAUGAAACUUAGAGAGCAAAUUGGGCUGUAACUACUUCCUGUACCUGUUCUUUUGCCAUGGUACUGGUUGUUUUUGCCUUAGAAAAUGGAAUAUGGCAGUGGCAAGCUAGAAUCACACUGUGUAGCUGACAGAUUUGCAUUUCAUUUGAUGUGGAAGAAUGAGUAUACACACACACACACAACACACACGCACACACACAAAACACACAGACCCCCUCCAGGUGCAUGGGUGCAGCACUCAACUUUCCAAAGCCAGCACCAUCAUUCCUGCAUGUACCAAUGUGGACCAAUGCCGCCUGAUAGUUGCUGAAAAUCCAGGCAGGUGCAGGACAACAGAAUAUUUUGGGAGGAUGUGAAACCCGAUGAGAUUAAGAGGUGCUAAGAAUCUGGAAAUACUCAACAGUAACCUGCCUUUUCUUAGUAAAAUUCUCCUUUUGCUUUGCCUGAAAUGUCUACUACAGGAAGGAACAGAGCUACCCAUUGCUUCUCAAAUUCUUCUCAAUUCUCAUUCCCAAAUAUCUCCCCAUGGUAAAAUAA